CGUAACCAUAACAGCUAAGUCAUCGGAUGAAACAACAUACUAAAUAAACAAACGAAAACAGAUCUCGCGCAAGAGAGUCAAAAGUUUUCCAUUUUUAAGAAACAACUACCUGAAAAUGAAAAUAGUACGUUCCAGUCGUCGCAAGGGGAUCGAAGAGCUAUAUGGCGCGAAGAUGGAUGCUAUCCAUCCGGUCAAAUCGCAGGCCAUGCCCCAAGGGGGUACUUCCAGAUCGGGCGCGCAGAAGAGCGGACGCAAUCCAUCAGCCGGCGGUGGGGGAUUGGGACUCUUGCGUCCGCCAGACUCACGUAUUCAGCGCAGCUUUGUGACGGACAACGACUACUACAUUCAGACGAAUCUUCCCCUGACGGCCAGCAACUUGCGAAAUAACCCAAGCAUUCUGAUGCCCGCUACCCACCCCCAGCCGUCGCCAUACGCCAUGAGCUCGCGGCGUGGCAACACGACCGGCAAGAUGACCGGACGUCAUCCCCAAGGACAGAAGGUAGCUCACUUCGCUCUGCCCGACGGCAAGGCCAACAACAGUGUCUACAACUUGGGCAAGUCAAAAGAGCAAUCGCAUCAGCAACGCCGCGCCAUCAGCAAGUCCGUCACACAGCGUACCAACUAUGGCACAUUAGAAGGUGCCAGCAACAACGGGGCCACGGAUAUCUCCGACAAGGAGAUAAUCCUCCCCAAUGGGACCAGCGGUUCGAUCAACAAACGCCGCUCGCACCAACAUGCAGCAGCACACCACAUGCAGAUGGAGAUGCCGCUCCAAAUGGCACCGAUGCCGCAUCCGCAUCCGCCCCAGCACCAGCUACAUCAGCAACAAUUGACCCAUCACAGCCACAGCAAGCAUCAGCAUCAGAAUGUGCCACAUCAGCAUCAACACUCCCAUCCACACGCACACCAACACACGUGUCCGCGUCAGUCGCAGUCGUCCGGCCAGCCCCAGGUGAGUGCCGCCGAUGAUGACGAUAAGGACGAUGAUCCCGAAGAGUUCUUCGAGUUGAUCCGCCAGACUGUCCAGACAGCCAUAGGGAACAAAAUCAACGAUGCCCUGUUCAAGAACUUCCGAGAUCUUGGCAGCAAGAUCGAACGCUUUUCAGGGGAGCUCAAGCAGACAAACGACCAACUGAACAAGCUGAAGGAGGCGGUUACCAGCAAGCUCGUUCACUAUGGCGAGGAGAACUCUCGCCACUUCCGGUAUCUGUGCAUGAAGUCGGAGUACGACAAGAUGUACUUCCAGCACCAAGCAAUGCUGGGCACCAAUCCCCCGACAGAUCCAUCCACUACCAAUCCAUCGCAACAAAAUGUUGCUGCCAUUGGAAGUGCCCCCUUUCUUGGGGGGCACGCCCGUCCAAUGUCCAACCAGAAGUUCAACAGCAAAGCGCCCAAGCAUUCCAGCACUGGCAAGAUGUCCACAAGCAACACCAACAAGGUGCAGAACCCUUGUGCAUACCGCAACACUUCGAAAGCGCUGCACCAGCAGCAGACCCCUGAGCCGCACAAGUCGUCAUCGGAUCAGAGCCUCGGUCAGUCCUCGCAACUGAAAGUGGCCGAAGUGUUGGGGCACAUACAACGCUUCUGCACAAAGAUGCAGCUCAACGAUAUGGGCAACCAGAUGCCACCCGAUGCGUUUGCGAAUCUGGAGGCAAGCUUGGUUGCAAAGGCCAAAUCGAAUGCCGGACUAGGGGGCGCCGAGAACAAGGCUGCGCCCCGCAGCGCUUCUGGCUCUCAGAGGGACAAGAAGACUAACGAUGAAAACGAGUGUGAGAUGCAGGGGGACAGCAUGGACGAGGCCUACUCCGAAUUGGAAGACUUCCCGGUCUCCUCCGAAGAGAUUUCCUCUUGCAGUGACGACGACUGUGGCAUGCCGUACCCCAGAGGCGCGGUCACCUCUCGGGGGCCCGCGGCAGUCAACUCGUUCCGCAGGCAGCCCAACAAUGGAGCCGGGGAUGGGCAAUAGAUCCAUACCCAUAACCACUUUUACAACCACAUCCCUUGAAAAGAAGUCUCGCACCAGAUCAGAAGCACAGACAGUAUCGAUGUCUUUCUAAUUAUUUUUCCUGAGUACAAUCCCAGUUUAUUUGUUUUAAGACUGUAUUCGGCUGCCACAAAAUUUCGAUUGUUUCAAUGACAUAGCAGAAAAGAAAAAGUACUCUCUAGGUAGUUUCCAAAAUAUUCAUUAAAAUUAGGGAGAAAUUCAUGUUAUCUAUAUUUCCAAGUGUU